AUGUCGGCAUCAGACCAAGCAUUAAGACAGGCACUGGAGAGCAACCGUCAACUGUCAAAUUUAAAAGUUCAGAUCGCAAGCAAAGAGAGAGAGAAACGUAUGACAGAAUUAACCAAGAAAGAACUCGCUGCACUUGAUUCCAAUGUAAUAACUUACAAAACUGUUGGUAAAGCAUUCUUUCGCACAGACUUGCCAUUGCUGGUGAAUGAUAUGGAUAAAGGUGUAGAAAAGGCUGCAACUGAGAUUGAGGUAUUAGACAAGAAGAAAAAGUACCUAGAGAGGCAUAUUAAUGAGGCACAGACAGGAUUGAAAGAAGUCCUUGGACGACAAUGA